CAAAUGUAAAAAAAAUGUCUGAUGUAAAUAAUUUCGGGCCAAAUUACUCUCCCAAUAUUUUUAUUCUUUAUCAAUUUAAAUUCUCAGAAAAGAAAACAAGAUAGAUGUUUUAUGUACUGCUACUGCUAGCUACGCAUUUGCUUUGAGUUUCAAUGGCGAAAGAGCUUCCAAUAGUGCUUGUUCUUGGUCCACCAACCUGCUUCUCAACUCUCGAACCACUUUACUCUCACAAGUUCAAUUUCUUGAACCCCAAAUCCUCAGGACUUCCCUUGCAACAAUUCAUGCUCGCCAACCACCACGACCCAUCAACAAUUUCCGCAAUACUCUGUAGUGGCUUAUUUCUCGUUUCCGCCGACGUCAUCAGUCUCUUCCCGUCGCUCCGUCUCAUUGUCAGCACUAGUGCUGGAACUGACCGCAUCGACCUUCAAGAGUGCCGUCGUCGCGGCAUUCAGGUUGCCGGAUCUGGAGGGGCUUUGUCGGAGGAUGUGGCUGAUGCGGCGGUGGCGUUGCUUAUUGAUGUAAUGAGGAAAAUUACAGCGGCUGAUAGAUAUUUGAGAACGCGGCCAAACCAUUCUGACGCUUGGGAUUUCCCACUUGGCAACAAGUUAUCAGGCAAGCGAGUAGGGAUUGUUGGAUUGGGAAAUAUUGGCAUUGAAGUGGCAAAGCGAUUAGAGUCAUUCAAUUGCACCAUCAUGUACCACUCAAAACAUCAAAAACCAUCAAUUUCUUACCCUUUCUAUUCCAACGUUAUCGAUCUUGCAACUUCUAGUGACGCACUUGUCGUGUGUUGCGCACUAAAUAACCAAACACGACACAUGAUAAACAAGGAUGUUCUUUUGGCCUUAGGAAAAGAAGGGUUUAUUGUCAAUGUUGGAAGAGGUGGUCUCAUUGAUGAGAAGCAAUUGAUCAAGUGUUUGAAGGAAGGAGAAAUUGGAGGUGCUGGUUUGGAUGUGUAUGAGAAUGAGCCUCAUGUUGAUAAAGAUCUCUUUGCAAUGGAUAAUGUGGUUUUAUCUCCACAUGCAGCUGCUUACACUGGUGAAGCUAUGUUGAAAUUGUGUGAAGUUGCGGCAGAGAAUUUAGAAGCUUUCUUCUUGAAUAAGCCAUUAAUUACUCCAGUGAUGUUGGGUUAGUAACUUAUUUUCUCAUGGGAUUAUGAUUGUAUGAGGUUUAUGUAGCCAAAGAUUUUAAUUUGUUUUUCAUUUUAUUUCAAUUAUAUUUUGUCACAAAAUUGUACAAUUGUUAUGCUAAAUUUUCUUUUGCGGUUGUUUCAA